AUGGAGACGCCUGGGUUUUCCCAGCUUGAUGAGGGCCUCUCGCAGGGCGAUAUCCCCCUUCAUCCUCAUACCGAUGGUCCAUCUAUUGUCGUGCCUACCGCGCAUCCGCCGGCUCUUCCGGGCACCUCGUCGCAUAACCCUCAGAAACCCAGAUUGGCCACCCGUCCCGCGCAUGCCGAAAAGAAGCAGCUUCUGUCCACGGGGAGCAGCAAAGUCGCCAUCCCUCGACAGCGUUCGGCUGCAGCACCGCGAUAUACCAGACGAGUUCCGCUGGCGUGUGAGUCCUGUAGGCAACGGAAGACGAAAUGUAGUGGUGAUACGCCCGUGUGUCGGCAGUGCAAGGAGUUGAGGAUAAGUUGUCGGUAUCCGAUCUCUUGGCGGGAGCGGACGAAAGGGGAAUUGGAUAAACUUGCUGUGAGGGUUACAGACUAUGAGAACUUACUGCGAGAUCUUGGUACUAUUGUCGAUGGUCGGGCUGCGGAGCGUAUAAAAACGGUGUUGGAAAAGUCCCGCGAAGUCACUAACCCCGACCAGCACUCCUAUAGCGGCAGCGGUAGCGGCGAAGGUACUCAGUCCAGCUCGGUGACACCCCAGGACGAAGACAACGAUGAUGAGGUGACCUCUCCUUCGUCCAUCGGAUCUUUGGAUGCGAUCGAUCGGGUUGAGGAAGAUGUGAACCGCACUCCGAGUUCCAGAGCCACUGGUUAUAUGGGGAAGAACUCCGAAGUUACUUGGAUGCAGCGGGUGCGCAUGGAGGCCGAGCAUCGUGCUCGCAAACUGCCGGGCCCCUACGAGGCAGAACAUGAGGGCGAAUUUGCCAUUCACUCCGUCAACUACCAUCUAGACGACAUGGAUAUCUCGGUGCCAGGUCCUGUGCAUGUGUACUGGAUGCCGCCGCGCAAAGUGGCAGAUAAAUUCUUCGAAGACUACCUCGAUACGGUCCACCCAUUCUAUCCUAUCAUCAGCCGGACCCUCUUUCGGGCGCAAUACAAAACGUUCUUCGAGAGCGCUGCACGGCCAGGGGACAAGUGGUUGGCUAUCCUGAACAUGAUAUUCGCCAUUUCCGCCAAGCAUGCACAUCUUACGCGGGCCCCGUGGCGGGGUGAUGAGAAUGACCAUCUGGUGUAUCUGACGCGAGCUCGGAUUUUGAGCAUGAACGGCGAUGUGCUUUUUAGUCACCCCGAUCUCCAGCAGGUGCAGGUCGAAGGUCUGAUCGCCUACUAUCUACUUGCGUCGGACCAGAUCAACAGGGCUUGGCGAAUUGCCGCAUUGGCCGUUCGUUCUGCAGUCACUCUCGGGUUGAACAUGAAGAACUCCAGCGAGGGAACGGCCAACAUAUCCAAGGAGGCACGCUAUAGGGUGUGGUGGUGUCUAUACACAUUUGAGCACAUGCUGGGCAUCAUGACUGGUCGAGCUACGACCAUUACCGACGGUAUCUGUACCACACCGUUCCCUCUCCCCUUUGAAGAAGAUCAAUUGGUGGAAGCUGCAGCGACCAAGCUUUUGAACGAGCCCGAACUACGCCAGGAAUACAUUGAUACGGCCCUCGCCUGCAUCUCUGUGCGGCAAAUGCCAUCUAAUCCCAAAGGGGGUCGAAACGCUCAGACGACAGAUAAACCGCGUGAUCCGGCAUGGCUGAGAAGCCUUCCGCCCUCAAGUGCUCUUGGAUUCCUGUACUACGUCGACCUUGCAGUUAUUUCACAGGAGAUUGUCAACCGUGUGUACUCACUGGAUUGCGUUUCCAUUCCAUGGGGCCACAUUGAGAACCGCAUUGGUGAGCUGCGAGCCCGCACUGACGUGUGGUACGCCAAUCUCCAUGAGUCCUAUGAUUUCACUCGACGGGAAGACCAGCCAGCAGAUACCUUGCGUGGCAAGCUAUUCCUCGCCUUCCACUACUACAGCGCGCGCAUUACGCUAGGACGACCGUGUUUAUGUCGCCGUGACGCACGACAGACGGCGUCUAACAAGAAGGAGACAUUCAGCCAUGAAAUGGCGGUGAUAUCACUAGACUCUGCCCGAAAGAUGCUCGACUUGAUCCCUGAUGUGCCUGACGCUGCUCGUCUCUACGAUAUUUGCCCGUGGUGGUGCAUUCUGCACUAUCUUAUGCAGGCAACGACCGUGCUGCUGUUGGAGUUGUCUUUCGGCAGUAUUCAUAUGCCAGAUGAGGAGGUAAAUUUUCUACACGCCGCCAAAAAAGCCAUUCGCUGGCUCUUCGCAAUGUCUGAGAACAGUCUUGCAUCUCGACGCGCAUGGGAGUUAUGUUAUGGCAGCCUCCGGCAGAUUGCUGCAGGUAUGAGCUACGACAUUAGUGACUUGCCCGUGUGUGGCUAUGAGGCUCAGCCUCGGGCCCAGGAUCAGAGCCAGGCGCUCAACGGUACACAACCUGGCUAUCCGAACCAGCCGGAACAGUCCAUACACGCGGGACCAACCUUCUACAACCCUGCGGCAUCAGAUAUGAACAAUUCAGCCUCAGCUCCUCUUCAGAUGAAUCAGCAACCCAACAUGUUGUUCGCUCAGAUCGACCAGCCUUUCCAGGGCUUGGCGAUGCCAGCUUCCAACCCGUUGUCCACGAAUUCGGAGUUGAACUCCGGUCCCGGGGACUCGUAUUUCCCGUACGAUCCGAUCAGCGGGGAAUUCAUCCGCUCAUUCUUCCCUUCCUCUACCGAUGAGAAACCAUGGGGUGAAACGAUGAAUUUCCCCGGCGAAGCUUUUCUCUUCGGCGGCGACGAAAAGCAUCCAAAGCUUUCGCUUCCCUCCAACAGCUUCCCCCCAAGUCGCCGGUUAUUACCAGGCCCACGCCUUAACGUCCGUCCGACGGUCACAUCGAGAUUUGGAUUUCCUCCGCCCGCAGGUCUCCUCCGCUACCUCCUCCGUCGUGUCAUGAAAAGGUGCCUGAGUCCAGCUCGUCUGCCGUGCCUGGACCGCGGAUCUUCCUCCGUCCUCCACCCUUCGAUCCUCCGUCGUCUCGUCCCCCGACACACACUCGCGUCCGCAAGCCGGGGACCUUUCCCCGAUAGGCGACGACAAUGGAGUCGCCGCCAGUUCUCCGUCGGGGCCGGUCCUCCGAUCAAUCGCCAAUUGCUGCAAGACUAUGUUAGGGUGGAAAUGAAGAGAUGUCCUAUCGCAGGACCAGAUCAGAGUGAUCCGGAGGCUUGGAUUGCAAGGCUGGAUCAGUACCUGCCACCUUCGUUGCGGAGAGAUAGCGACGGUGGUCAUACAAACAGUGACGAUGUUUCGGAUGACAAUGUGGUUCGAACCGAUUCAGCAGCUUAUUUUGCGCAGACGAUUGAAUUGGCUAAUUUACUGUUGCAUGCGCGGGAUUCCGGGAAGAUUGAUUUGCUGGCGUAUGUUGGUUUCCGGUUGAAUAAUUGGCCCGCUGUGCAGUUCUUGAUUAAUCGUUUGCUUGAUGCUGCGGACUCGCUUAAGGAGGUCACGAUACCUUCUAGACCUUUGUCUAGCUAUGAUUGGGGUCUGGGACAGGGGCUCUCGCUGGAUGAGCUGACGGAUAGGUCUGAGUCGCAGGCUCCGAAAAUUCCGCAGGCGGCUUCGAACGCCCUGCCGGUGUCGGAUAUGACGAGCUUGGAUGCUUUCACGGAGCGGCCGUAUGCGGAUGACCAUUCGAAACGAUUUAUGGCUGAGGUGUGGCAGAGCUUGGGGUCUAUCGUGCUGGAGGCUGCUGAUGCUUCGCCUAACGAGUCGAAGCUGGCUAUGUCUCAUGUAUUUCAGAUCCUAGCUCGGCUGCACCACUCUGAUGCUAUCUCCGAUAGGGUGUAUAAGUACGUCCCGCCGGAUAGUCAUCAAGCUACCUUCCGACCUCCGGGAAUGCAUCUGCUUUCCAGUCAUAUCAUGAGUGUCCUGUCUGACGCUGCGUGGCUGGUUCAUGAAGCGGAGGUUGCUGCUAAAGCGGCUGCUGCUGGCGAGGAUUCGCCUUAUCUUCCGUUCAAAAUGGGGGUUCGUGAGCUUGGGCCGGAGAUUUGGCUGGAGUUUAUCCUCUGGUGCUGUGUCGAACAUGGUCACAUCGAGGAGGGAGUAUGGCUAAUUGAUCGAAUGACAAGCAAGGCAGGAGAUCAGGCCUGGAAGUUUCAGAGCUGGAAGCCCUUACUCGAUGACUCUGGGUCGGUCUGGCAGACUAAAGUCGACCAGGAAGAGACUUGGCGACAGCCCGGCCACCAGGAGCGCUCUACGAUGCUGCGAAAGCGGCAUAGUCCGACGCCUUUCCGCGGGCUCGGAAAGCGAACCAUGAGUACUGAAGUGGCCGCGGCCUUGCUGGAUAGCCUUCCCAAUCAGGUAUACCUAGGCCUCGGUUUCAGAGGUAUGUCACCGAGCGCCCUCUUGCGCUAUGCUUCUAGUCUCAAGUUCGCGAUUGCCCCGUCAACGGACGACGGCAAAUUACUGCCCACGCGCAGAACAUCGAACUGGUUCACCGUGCGGGUUGUGGAAUCAGGAGGCCUCAAGCCGGAAGCCGACCCCCGGAUAUUCGAAGACUUCCUUCGGAUCACGCCGUGCGUCGUUCCGCCCUGGGAUACCGACCUCCACCAUGUAAAUGAAGAUGCGUUGACCCGAAUGAGCCCGUCACAGCUGUACGAUGACACAGCUGCCUUGGUUGGCCUGAUCGAGUACAACAUCCGGUUCUAUUCGUCGAAGCGUUUCUGCGGUGACGCCCUGAACGCAUUCUCCUGGCUGCAAGCCAUCGUCGACAGCAGCAAGAUGCAGCGCAUCGACGAAUUCUUCUCUUCGCGCGUUGAUCGACCUGGCGUCGUGCUCCCUACCCUCGACCUUGAUGAUUUGAAUUCCGCCGAACCCUUCGAAUCAUCCAUGCCGCAACUGUCCAGCGUCACCCUGGCCGAGCUGAUCGACCUAAUCACCGUAUCGCGCGCCUUCUCAUUCGGCAACUGGCUCUUUUACUCCGACGACAUCGACGGCCCCCCAGUCCCUCCCCGCUCUUAUGGCGACCAAGCCCUAGCUCCGUCCAUUAUCCGCUACGCUACAGCCACCCGGAAUGCGGCCCUCUGCGACGCAGUCGUUCAAUCCCUCUCCCAACCUCUCUCCUCCAACACCCUUCGCGCACUCCUCAACUCCCGCAUCGCUUUACACCAAUGGGACGCAGUCACCAAACUCUUCGAAUACCUCCGCGACUACCGCGCCAAAUCCUGGGGCCAGAGCAACGCCACCGCGCUCGCAGCAGAGAUCAUCCGUCUCGAGCACACCAUCUACCGACAACAACCACCCCCAGACCCCUCAACCCUCCAAGAUACCACCACCUCCCUCACCCGCGCCAAAGACCUCCUCUCCCGCCUCCUCACGGGCGUCUAUAACGAACCAACCCACAUCGCCACCUCCCGCUUCCAAGAACGCGCCAUCUCCGGCCUCCACAACAUCUUCCUCUCCAUCCCAGGCACCCUCCACGACCUCGCCGCCUCCCUCUCCAACUCCCUCCCCCACAACAAAACCACCACCACCACCACCAACAAUACCUCUCGCAACGCCAUCCCCUACAUCCCCACAACAGCCUUCCACACCCUCCUCUCCGCCAUCGUCGACACCCGCGGCAGCGCCGCCGGCCAACGCUUCUACGACAAAUGGUGUCUCGACACGAAGUCCCCCACCUCGCGCCGUCUCCAAGAAGGAGGCAUCGAGAGAUUCUAUCUCGGCAAGGAGCGGAACCCCGCGAAGGGCGAUCCGCACUUCGAUGCCAAGUACUUCAAGCGUGCGAGGGAGAAGGCCACGAUGCCAAACCCCAUGACGGUGAGGAUUAUCGCGCAGGCUGCUGUGGCGGAGUAUUAUGGCUUUGAAGGCCAGGGCGGUGUGAAGAGUAAUCCUGCUGAAGAGGUUCUGGAUUUCUGUAUUAAGAGGUUCGAGGCCUUUGGGAUGCGGAGACGUGAGAUUAAUCGCGAGGUUGGGGGGAUUGUGUAUAGGAGACGGAGGGAGGGGGGGAAGUUGAGGAGGGAGAAGGAGAGGAAGGAGAAGGAGAAGGAGAAGAUAGAUGCUUUGGCUGUCUGA